UAGAAAAAUGGUUCAAACGUACAGGUCACCUGUGCGUAUUUACAAACAUCCGUUCGAAAUUGUGAUGGCGGCGUACGAGAUGAGAUUCCCGACUUGUCCACAAAUCCCGAUUUUCGUUGGAUCAGAAGUUACGUACGAGUACAAAAGUGUUGAUGGAGCAGAAUGGGUGAUUGAUCGAAAGUGUCAGCUCAACGUCGAAGCGCCUUACCUUGUAAAGAAAAUUGCCGGAGUCGACUAUGUGUAUUUCUCGCAGAAGAACUCACUGGAUCGUAGGAAGAGAACACUUGACAUUGAGGCAACAAACAUUUCAUUUUCAAGCAGAAUUAAUGUCAAAGAAAAUUGUACAUAUUAUGUUCAUGCAGAGAACGAAAAUUGGACGUGUUUCGAGCAGUCAGCAUCACUCGAUGUGAAAAACUUCUUCGGUCUGGAAUCAGCUGUUGAGAAGCUCGCGGUUCGACAGUACGGAGCAAAUUUGGCCAAGGGAAAGGAAAUUCUCGAGUUUUUCAUUGAAGAGUUACUCAAAAAGACUACACAUAUCGAACGCUUUAGAGAUGCGGACCAAGAGGAAACCACGUCGGCAACAGAUUCGGCAAUCGAAAUGAAAGAGUUAUCAGAUGGUGAUGCAGUUCUUGUUAACGAUAGACCACCGAUGUUGGCUGCAGAGACGGAUGAAAUGAGGACUGCUCGUGCAACUGCCAGUUUUGACGACGCCGAUUCCAAACUUGAAGCCGAGUACAUAAGAAGGUUCCUUGGACAAUUGAGCCCACUGGAAGAAUCGCGUCUUUGUGAGAUCAAGUACAGUCUUCAAGCACAUCAUAAGGGAAAACUACCGAACGAUGCUCACUUGCUCCGCUUCCUCCGAGCCCGAGAUUUCGAUGUGGCGAAAGCGAAAGAUAUGGUCCACGCGAGUAUCAUAUGGCGGAAACAACACAAUGUUGAUAAGAUUCUCGAAGAGUGGACUCGGCCGACUGUGAUCAAGCAGUACUUCCCAGGAUGUUGGCAUAACUCGGACAAAGCUGGAAGGCCAAUGUACAUUCUGAGAUUCGGGCAACUUGAUACGAAAGGAAUGCUUCGUAGUUGUGGCGUCGAGAAUCUGGUCAAGUUGACUCUUUCGAUUUGUGAAGAUGGUCUGCAACGAGCAGCCGAAGCAACCAGAAAACUCGGAACACCAAUAAGUUCAUGGAGUCUUGUCGUUGAUUUGGAUGGUCUAUCGAUGCGUCAUUUGUGGAGGCCUGGAGUUCAAUGUCUUCUGAAGAUUAUUGAAAUUGUUGAAGCAAACUACCCGGAGACAAUGGGACAGGUUCUAGUUGUUCGUGCACCUAGAGUAUUUCCAGUACUUUGGACUCUAAUUUCACCAUUUAUUGAUGAGAAAACAAGAAAGAAGUUUAUGGUCAGUGGUGGAAGCGGAGGUGAUUUGAAAGAAGAACUCCGAAAACAUAUUGAAGAAAAGUUCAUUCCUGACUUUUUGGGUGGAUCCUGCCUCACAACAAAUUGUGGACUUGGUGGACACGUUCCAAAAUCGAUGUACCUUCCAGUUGAAGAGCAAGAAGGUGCCAGCUCAUCUGAAGAUCCUCUUCAUUCCACCUACACAAGUACUGCAACCUGGAGAGGAUACCCAGUGGAAGUUGUCAUUCCUAUUGAGACAGCUGGCUGCGUGCUUACAUGGGAUUUCGAUGUGCUUAAGAAUGAUUGUGAAUUCAGUCUGUACUUUUCGACUGAGAAAAUCGAGCAACCAGCAGUCCGUGAUGGAGCUCAAUCACCAACAACCAUUCUCAAUCCAGUUGAGAUGGUAUCUGCAGCAAUCGGAGGAGCAUCUCAUCAACAUCCCGAUCUUCAGUGUGCUCCUGAACUUAAAAUUGGAACACCACAGCUACGUCUAGAGGAAAAGGCAGUUGUAUUCCAGGAAGGAGAUUCUAUGCAGGGUUCCCACUAUUGCUCACGAGCUGGUACAUAUAUCAUGCAAUGGAGAGUCCCUGAAACUGCAGCCGGCCACUCAUCAACCUUUGACUUUGGUUCUCACAAAUGUCGUCUCAUCUACUAUUACGAGAUUUUAAACUCUGAAAAUUUCCGAGGAUCCGUUGCCUCCCUCGAAUCUUGCCGUUCAUCAUCGUUCAGUUCAAUUGCUCCACCAACGCCACCAACUCCAGGAACUCCCCGCAAUCCAUAAACAUCAUUUGUAAAAUUCAAAAUUUUAUCCGACCCUACUCGUAUUCUUGUGAUUCGUUUUCCUUUCUUCUGUACUACUUCCCAUUCUGUCUCUUCUUUUCUUCUGCUUUCAAACAUGCAAACACCAAAUUCCUUAUUAUUUCCUUUUUCUUCGUCUACAGUCCCAAACACGGUUUUUCUCAUUGUCUCCAUUUCUAUCAUAUUCCUUCAUUUUACUACUUUUUUGAUGUAAUUUAUUAUUAAUUUCGAACUUUUCCUCUCUUAGUUCACUCUUCAUCCAUCAAAUGCCGAGCAAUUGAGUAUAAAGAAGUUUUGUAC